GUGUCGUCAACAACGUCAAAGGAAUUGAUGCUAUAAGCCCAUCUUCUAAAGAUGAGUUCACAGAGUUUGAAAAGUUGUUAAAAGACAAGAUAUCAUCUUUUGAGAGUUCCAUACACUAUUCCGGCUUCCUAGAGUCCUUGUUUCGAGAGCUCUGUCUCUCACUGGAGGUGGAGGACUUGAAAAGAGUCAGCAACUCCCUCACAGUCUUACUAAGUGAAAAACAGAAACAGGAAAAGCAGCUGAAUAAAGGAAAGAAGAAAAAGAAAGGCGUGGUUCCUGCCGGAGGGAUGAAGUCCAAGAUGAAGGAUGACCUAGCGGACUACGGCGAGUUCGAUGGAGGUUACGUACAAGACUACGAGGACUUCAUGUGACGUGACAUCAACCGAGUCCUGCGUCUCAAACGACACCCUGUUCCCUAUGUAGAACCCUUAUAUCGGGGAUAGGGUGGCAUUUAGUAGGCUGUCUGUCCCCAUUCCCCCUCCGCUCUGCUCCACCCAGCCCCCUCAAAGCAUGUC